GGCAUUCAUUAUCACCUCAAGCCAGACAACUUUACAUUUCACUGCCUAUUUGCCUUCAAACUCGUUACCGAAUCCGGAUCUCUUUGUGCCUCUUUCUCUCUCUCUCUCUCUCUCUCUCUUUUCUUUCCUCCAUCAUCGCUCGCCACCGAACAAGAUCCAUCAGAUCUCCAUCUCAACCUGUCGUUCUACACUCACAAGCAUCAGCAUGACUCCCAAACCACUCACGCUCCAGAGCUCUGAUGGAGAGGACAUCCUCGUCGAACGCGAAGUUGCCGAGCGAUCAGUUCUCAUCAAGAACAUGGUCACCGAUCUUGGUGAAGAAGCCAUGGAAGAACCCAUCCCGAUUCCCAACGUAAAUGCCGCCGUCCUGAAGAAAGUCAUUGAAUGGUGCCACCAUCACAAGCACGACCCUCCCUCCGCCAACGAGGAUGAUUCCGACUCGCGCAAGAAGACCACAGACAUUGAGGAGUGGGAUCAGAAGUUCAUGCAGGUCGACCAAGAAAUGCUGUUCGAGAUCAUUCUGGCCGCAAACUAUCUUGACAUCAAGGCUUUGCUCGACGUUGGGUGUAAAACCGUUGCCAACAUGAUCAAGGGCAAAUCCCCCGAAGAGAUCCGAAAGACGUUCAAUAUCCAGAACGACUUCACCCCCGAGGAAGAGGACCAGAUUCGACGGGAAAACGAGUGGGCGGAGGAUCGCUAAAGCACUUGCCGUACACUUCGGCGAUGAUAUCAGGACGUGCUUGAUGGCGUUAUGGUUCCAGUCAACAUGCACGCACGCGGAGUUCAAAUGGGAUGAUGGAACUGGAUGAAUGGUAUUUUACAAGCGUCACUGACAUGCUACAGUGCUAUCUUUGACCUCAACAGGUUGCAACGAUGGCAUGGUCGAGAAAAAACGUGGCUAUGAUUGUACCAGCAAGGUAGAUAGUUGCUUGCCAACAAAAGCAAAGGCGCUCGGUACAGCCCGAGUCAAUGAGGGUAUUGCUACUUUGAUUACAGCGUAGAAUCCAUAUUUCAUCAAUGAACAUGACCACUGUAAAUCCGAG